GUGUCUCAGCGACGAAUGCUAGACCUUACUAGCGGAAUUCCAGCUCCCGUGAGAACAUGCCUAGUACAGAAUCGCGGUGUUUACUAUCAUUCGGAUUGAUAGUCAUCGACGUUACGACGCCUUCCGCGCUACAGCUGGAGGUCUUUGACUUUGUCAUCGCGAGUUUUUAAAUUCCUUGCCCGCGAAUGGCAGUAGUGCGUUUAGAAGUAGGAGGAAAGUUGUUUACUGCUUGCAAGUGGGUUUAUUUAAUAAGAUGAAGGAACUAAAUGUAAAUAGUGGAAAGCAUAAUAGGUCGAGGAAACGAAGAGGCAAAGAGAAGGAAGUGCCGACAAAACAAGUAUCGCACAUACACAAAACUGAAAUCAAACCAAAAUUUUUUGUCAUAGUCCUGGCACUUCUGUCAGGUGGUUUCAACAUUUACCACGUAUCAUCGAUGCAUGAAAAUUACAGGCAUUUUUCGCAUUUAUCUUCUUUGGAGCGGGAAAUGUCGUUUAGGACAGAGAUGGGCCUAUAUUUUUCGUACUAUAAGAGGAUUGUCGAGGCACCAAGACUGAUAGAUGGUCUCUUUUAUAUAAUGAAUGACAAUUUAAUUGAAUACCCAGAUUGCUUAAAUGCAAUUAAAAGGUUCAACAUUUACCCUGAGCUUGUUAUUGGGGCACUGUACCGUUUAUACCGAGUGGGAAUGGAAGAGUGGUCCUUGCCUGGGGAACAAUGUUGGCCUGUUGAUAGAGGUAAUGAUCUGCCUCCUGUUAAUAGCUGUGAAGGAAUGGGGGAGCCAACAUAUUUCUACUUAAACUUUGUGUGGCUUUGUGCUGGCCUCACUGUGACUGUAAUAUUCCUUUUUGGAUAUACUAUAAGUGAUUCCAUUGCUGGUGGAAUAUUAUCAACUCUCUGCUUCUAUUACAAUCAUGGUGAGGCAACACGAGUGCAAUGGACACCACCGCUGCGGGAGAGCUUUUCAUAUCCAUUUUGUCUUGCACAGAUGUUAGCAGUUACAAGAGCGCUUAGUUUGUUCCAAUGGAAAAACAUAAGUGGCAAGCGUGCAGCAGAGAAACCAUCACCAGCUGUGCAGGUUUGGCUCAUAACCUUUUUGACUUGGAUUUCUCUAACAACCUGGCAGUUUGCACAGUUUGUGCUCUGUACACAGACAAUAGCAAUCUAUUUUAUGCAUACUGCAGGUCUGACAGACAGGAAAACUGUUCUCAUGGUUCUUCGGGGGAUGAUUCUGGGUCUCUCCCUUGCUAUACUUUCCUUAUUUGGAAAUAAAUUUCUGAUCUGUUCACUGCUAACCUGCCUAUUGAUUUCGGUGGUAUUGACAGUUAAGCAUGUCAAUAUAGACCAUUUGAUAAAUACUGGUUCCUUAUUAAGGUUGUUUCUGGUGUUUCUCCUGCCAUUUGCUGGGACACUGCUGAUAAAAACAGCAGUCAAUUUUAGCUUUGGAAUGGAUGAUGCUCAUGUAUUUAACAUCUUCAGGGCAAAGUUCACAGGCUACAAGGAUUUUCACACAAUGUUGUAUACCUGUGCUGCUGAAUUUGAUUUUAUGCCCGUAGAAGUUAUAAAAAAUCUGUCCCAGACACUGUUGUUACCUGCAGCUAUUAUUGCAGUAGGAACUGCAUGUUGGAGUUGGUACAGUCAGUGGAAUGAAAAAUCUAAUUCAGAACCCAAAAAGAGGUGGCAUGAGAUGGUCAGUGUUUUGGAUGCUGAUGUCGUUUACACCUUUAUCCAGCUGGCAGCAUUUGGUGUUAUGGCUGUUUUAGUAAUGAGACUGAAACUGUUCCUCACACCUCACCUGUGUAUUGCAGCAUCACUACUUGCUUCAAGAAAGUAUUUCUCUUCUUUGAGGAUAGAAGUUCAUUGUGCUCUUAUUGCACUAGCUGUUGGGCUAAUGAGCAUUAAAGGAGUCUCAAACAUGGAACACCAGAGAGGCAUCAGAGGCGAAUACAGCAACAUACCCAUGGAACAGUUAAUGAUGUGGAUAGAUACACAUGCAUCUGAGUCUGCAGUGUUUGCUGGCCCCAUGUCAGUGAUGGCAAAUGUUGCACUAUCAACAAAGAGACCUAUUGUGAAUCAUCCACAUUAUGAGGAUAUAGAAGCCAGGGAACGUACAAAGAAGGUGUACAUGAUAUUUGGCCGAAGACCAGCUUGGCAAGUGUUUGAAGUUCUUUCCGACAUGGGUGUGGACUAUGUUGUCCUAGAAGAGGCCUGGUGUUUACCAAAAAGCAGGGCAGGAUGCAGCAUCCUAGAAAUUUGGGAUACAGUGGAGGAGAAAUUGCCUUGGAAUCCUGUUUGCCCAAAAUUGUUUCAUGGGGAUCCAGACCCAUUUGAGAGAGUAUUCUCAAAUGGCAUGUAUGUAGUCCUAAAAAUACAUCAGCGGGAUCAGACACCACCUAGCUAUGUUGAACUGGUGCCCCCAAUGGAGUAUAUCAUGUAGACACCCACGAAUGAACUGAAAAUGAAUACCAAAGAAGAGAAAGAUUAAGUGUUGUAUAUGAUUAUAGUAAAGUUUUUUAAUAUUUUAUGUGACUUAGCAAGUGAACUGUAUUUUUUUUGUUUUGUACUGUUGAAUUUUAUAUUAAAAUUUGACUGGUUCGUAA